AGAAAAUAGCCCAGAUAUACAUAAUUGCCAACAAUUGCAGUCCCAACGCCAGGGACUAGCUAGAUCUUCCAAAUAUUUCCUCCCAAAGCAUAUAUAGCUGGGGAUUGUAGACUACCUACUACAUAUGUACAGUACAUGUAUCUAAGUAGGCUAGAUAUAUAUACAACCAUGCCCCCCACCCUAACAAUCCACGACCUCAACUCCCUCACGCAAAGGACCCUCGCCCUCGAAAUCCUCUCCCAAAUCAACCACAUAGAGCGCAAAACCUUCCCCGCCUCCGAAGCCUUCGAUUUCUCCGACCAAUCCCUCUAUCGCCGGAAGCCGAAUACUCACAUCUUAUACGCGACCGCCGCCGCGGAUGGCGAUACGGCCAGGUCGACCUCCAUAUCCGUGUCUGUAUCCUCAAAAAUACUCAAGGAGCGAUCACCCGCGCCCACAACCACGACUCCCACACCGCAAACGCAGCCUCCAGCCCCAAUAAUAGCCUACGCCCUCUACGUACGCCAAAAGAGCACCGCCCUCCUGCACAAGGUCUGCGUGGCAGAACCCUUCCGCGGCCAGGGUGUCGGCCGGCAGCUGCUCACGUAUGUGAUUGAGCAGUCGCUGUGUCCGCAGCGAGGGGGCGGGAGGGGGUGUGUGGCUGUGCAGCUGUGGGUUGAUGAGAAGCGGGCGGUGGCGAGGGCGUUGUAUGCGGGCUGUGGGUUUGUGGAGGUGGAAGGGGUGGAGGAUUAUUAUGGGCCUGGGAGGAAGGGGUUGAGGAUGGUGUUGGAGUUGGGGCUGGGGAUGGAGGGAUGACGGGGAGAGGUGAAUUUUUAUGUCUGUGAAAAAGAGGAGGAAACAGUAUUGGAAUAGUGGAUUGUGGCUAGGGAUGGGAUGUUGCGGGGUGGGCUUUACAAGGACUCGCUGUGCAGAUGUGCAGCUCUACAGCGACCAGCGACCAGUUCCGUAACCUAUCGAACUGUACGCAUCACACCACCUACCUACCACAUUUCGCAACCCGUUCGCAGUGUCGGGAGCCCGAUAAUGAGGGCAUGGGAUAUCAUCAACAUGUACUGUACAUGUACUGUACAAAGCUGAUAUCCGUUGCCUCCAAUCAGCCCACGCCCACCAUCUAUAGGUAGCUACUCAGCAGGGUUUUUGGGAAACAUACAUAGCUCGAAGCGCUGAAGGAAUAUUCUCUUCCAAUAGUAAAAGGGAAUUAAUUUGCCCGGCAAAUAUCUCAAGCAGAGCAGCGCUGGAUUAAUGAGACAAGAAGGAAGAAAGUCGAGGUUUUUUUCCUCUUUUGGAGGGGAAGGGGAUGAUGUACCGACAGGAGAGGGCCAACAUAUGGCAUGCGUGCACAGUACUUUAUCAAACCCAUGGCUGUCUUCAAAACGAAGUUGGGGGGGGUGUAAUUGUAUUUGAGAUUGACGAGAGAGAUACGAUAAUAAAAGAGGGUUUUGAGUAUCUAUACUAACAACAUCAAAAUUCUUUUCCGUGUGAUAUCAGUACGAAGCCACAGCUUUACCACAGGUUACACGUCACCGCGUAAGUGCUAGUAA